GUGCAAAGAAAGCUACAGGCAAUAUUUGCCCACACAAUUUGGAGGCGGGAUGAAUAACAAUUAGCUUAAUUUGCGUCUAAUUACGGUGAACAAGCCGCAGACACAAAAACAUCGUCUAGUCUCACGCGGGAACGUCAGUAUUUGACAAGAGAGUAUUUGAAUGUUUUACGUAGUUCAGCUUUUGGCUGUCUGAGUUGAUUAAAACGUACCUUCAAAUGCUCUUGGCAAGAAAGCGGCAAUGAUUUGAUGACGUUUUUUCAAGGACGCCCGCCCACUCACCACCUGCCUUGCUAAUUGCCCGUGUGCAGGCAACAACACCAUAUAUGGCAAAGCGUUGGAGCAAGAAGACAAUAUGGUCUAUUUUAAAUUCACAAAAUUUGAAAUUUUAAAACAGGAACAGCUGAUAAUUAGGACCGAUAAUUCAUUUGUGACAGUUUGCACCUGUUAUAUCGGCUAACAACUUCUCUCUUCAAGGGAAACAGUUGUUCAAAGGUUCAAAAUUUGCGUUGAAAUCAAGCUAGGUUCUAGCAAAUAUUUGAAGGAUGUUUUGUAUGAACAAUAUUAUUAUUGUGCUGUUCGUCGUACUAAACCAGCUCUCAAGCACGAAUCAGGUACAGUAGUUCUCGUUCUUAUAAACAAAACUAACUGUUCUACUAAAUUCAGUUGUGUCAAUAUGACAGUGUCUUAUAGUAGAAAAUAUUUCUUUUUUACCUAAAUGUGUUACAUAAAUAUCUAAAGCGAAAUCUAAAGUAUGUAAUUUGUUACUGUAUGAUGUAUUAAUAAAGGUCAAGUUUUUUAUAAUGCGCUUUUUAUCCUUGCUCUGCAGGUCUCUGUAAUAAAGCCCCGUACUUUAUCUUCAACACGACUAAAGCGCAUUGCAGAGUCGACAGAUUAUGAUGAAUUUGAAACUUUACUUGCUCCUAUUAUGAAAAGUCGUGUUCCUGGCACUAAUGGUCACCAUGCUGUAAAACAGGUACUUCAGUAACUUCAAGUUUCAUGCUCUAAUUUCAAGUGAGUUUGGAGCCAUCAAUGAAUAGAUAUCUUACUAUCGUAGACUUGUUAUGCAAUUGCAUGGUCUACCACAUUCAGUCCAAUGUCUCUUUCAAACAGAAGAAUUGGUUUGGCUCUUUAUGUGGUUAAUAGCACAUUUGUAUGUAUUGUAUUCUGAUGACUAGAAAUUCAAAACGUUUUGUGAUGAUGAUCUGAUUCCUAAUUUAAUCCUUGAAAAAACAAGUUAAAACUAUGGGAGGGUCUCCCGGGAGUCUGUUCCAUGUUCUUCCCGGCAUUCUCUUAUUUUCUGCUACCUUCUGGUGUUGUUCCCUGGAAACCUUUGGGACUCCCUAAUGCUCAUUAGGUUUAAACGUCCUAAUGGGCCAGUAAAUGGCCAUGCACUUCAUAUGAUUGAUUGAUUGAUUGAUUGAUAAUAGUAUUUAUUCAGGAAAACCAACAUCACAAGUUGUGUUUUUCAGAAGGUCCCUGAGAAAACUAUACAAAUACAAAAGAUUAUACAAUAAUAAUAUGCAUGCAGGUUAUAUGCGAUGUAUAUAUAUAUAAACAAGAAAAGUUUUAAAAUAUAGAACUAAGAUAAUUAUAUAUUACAAAGAAGAACUAUUUGCAAAAUGUGUUCGAUUAUACUAUGGAGAUUUAAGAAGUGCAGUAUAUUGCCAUUAAGCUUAGCAAUAUUGUUCAAUUAACAAAAUUUGCAUAUAUGUCCAUCAGAUAAAUGAUUCAACACUAAAAUUGCCUCUGUUUGCAAAGCACCCCAGUGCAUCCCAUUUAUAGUCUGUGUAACAUUUAAUAAUUCACUUUGUCAAGCCUUGCACAUUCAAACUAUUAGCGUGUGUCCCUUGUAAACCCAUUAAUGCACCCUGUGUAACACCAUAUUAUUUUAGUGUACUUGGAAGUCCAAUGUAAUUUUCUUUAUUAAAACAUUAACCUUCUUAUAAGGUCUGGGGGUUUAUCGAUAAACUGAAAAAAACCCGAUUAUUUUUGAAAACCGAUUCAACCAAGUUUUGUUUCGACAAAAAAUCAGAAAACUGUUUGAAACUCAACAAUAUAGAAGCAAAAUCAUGGCAGUAUAGUAUUGCCAAAUAUUUGCGAAAUUGUGAAGCAUUGCCGCAAAGCGCUGGAAACAUCAAGUAAGUGCAUCACACGCUUGAAUAAUUUGUUCAGAAAGCAGACCGCUUACAAAAAUAAUACAAAGUUCUGUAUUUGAAACUAUAAUUAAAAGGUUAAGAAGCUAACUGUAGCAAAUAUGUUUAAAAAAGUUUUUUCUCCAUUUUUUUCAGAUGGUUUUUGGUAACCUUUUUCCCAAUUUUUUUCUUUCUAGUAUUUAAUCAAGUUCUUCACAGACUUGGGAUGGCAGGUCACUUUAGACGAGUUUGAUAAAAACACAGUGAUUGGUCCAAAACGCUUCACCAAUAUAAUUGCAACUGCCAACCCAGAUGCAAAGAAAUUUAUGUUACUAACUGCACAUUACGACAGCAAGAUCAUGACGGGAAAACAGAACGGAAAUAAGGAGUUCUUGGCUGCGACUGACUCUGCUGUCCCUUGUGCUAUGAUCAUGUCAAUUGCAAAGGGUCUUGAUCUCAAUCAAUUAAAAAAGGUGUGGAAAUAUGUUAAUUACAUAUUAAUUACUUAAUUAGUAUGGUAUGCAGUUGGUUCCAGUCGUACAGUGCCAUAAAUAAGAUCAAUCAUGUACAAGUUGACCACAAUCUGCUAUCCCUCUAAUGCUUAGUGAAACCUACCAACAUAGUGGUUAAGCCAGACCUGGUGCGGUACCCUAUAGCAUGUGAAGUACACCACAAGUGUGAAGACAUACCACUAUUAUUGAAUAAAUACCAAGGCUUAGGCCAAAAAAAAAAGAAGUUGGUUAGCGUCCUCGCCCGCCCACAAAAAAGGCCCCGCUCAGGGGUUUUUUUAUUUUUUAUUUUAAAAAAAAAACAACUUUUAUUGAUCAACGGGCUCUAAUAUAUGUAGUAUUUCUGUUGACUGUAGUCAAUUGUGUUAAUAAGUUGCAAAAUUGCGUGCGAAAAUGACGGUAUGAAUCAUAUGUUGAAAUAUAUAAAAAAAUAUCUGUACUGCGCAAGAAAAUCUAGUUUUGGACCUAAAACCAAGACGUUAAAAAUUAGUAAAAAUUUUAAAAAAAGUGCCCGCCCGCCCACUUUUUGGCAAAAGCUAAGGACGCUAACCAACUAUUUUUUUUUAUAUGGCCUUAUAAUUCCAAACAAACGAACAAACUUGCAUACCGAAUAUGAAGUGAUAUUAAAAUUUGUUUUGGCACCAGAAUUACUAGAUAUUUUACUGAUUGCAAUGGUUUAAAGUUUUUUAGAUCAUUACAUGGAUUUCUUUAAACCAUAAUUAGCUAUCUAACCCUUUAGCUAGCAUUGCAUGUUAAUGUGCCCUACUUUGUAUUUGUCCAAUGCCAAACAAUUUUACUGAUCAAGGGAAAGCAUGUCAAUGGGUUAACCAAACUAAUUUUUUUAGAAUAAUAACUACAGUAUUCAGGUGGCUUUGUUUGAUGGUGAAGAAGCAUUUGUGACAUGGACUGAAGAUGACUCAAUAUAUGGUUCAAGACAUUUAGCUCAGCUGUGGUCACAACCAGAUGCAAAUUAUAAUACGCAUCUUUCAAAAAUUGUAAGUACAAUGUUAUGUACUCUCAUUGGUAUCUAGCGAUGAACAGUCACAAAUAAAAGUGAUGUGUACUAACAUUCUUUCUUUUUUAGGAAUUUCUUAUGUUACUUGAUCUUCUUGGUGAAAAAAAUCCAAGAUUUUAUAGUGGAUUUCCAGAAACGCAUGGCUAUUUUGAACGCUUGCGGCACAUAGGUAAGAAUGUGCAUGAUCAUUAAUUCAUAGAAAUAAUUACAUGUGAUUUCAUAGACAGGUUUAAACUUUGCAGAAGGAAGAGUUCGAAAACUACGAGGUUCAGUCUCAGAAAAUAAUCGUUUCUUCACUGGAGGUACACCACAACCUCUUGGCAUUGAAGAUGAUCAUGUGCCAUUCCUGAGAAAAGGUAACUUGUUCUAUACAGUUCUACAAAUCUACAAUUCCUUGAGUUUCACAAGACGUCAUGUGGGAGUCAAGCGUCUGUGCUGCCUUUAAUAUACACGCUUAAAAAUUGAGAAAAUCAACAACUUGUUGCAAGUUGAUAUCGACAGGCAUGAACAAGGUUGUGCGGCCCACUAUGAACAGUAUUGUCAACAUGUUGUUACAACAUUGUUCAACUGUAACAACUUAGAACAACAUGGUUGACAACUUGUUCAUAGCUGGCGCCACACAACAUUGUUCACGCCUGUCAAUAUCAACUUGCAACAACCUGUGCAUUUUUGGCCGUGUAGUUGGAGAACUCAUUUACAUAAGAUGCGUUGACAGCCAUUUUGUUUCUUUGUUGUUUUAAUUGACCUCAGUUGAAUGACCCCCACUUGAGUCAAAUCAUGACAAAAUAUCAUGAUCAAAUAUCUAUUUCUGUUAGCUAUGCCGAGUGUACAUUAAGUAACAAAACAAUAAACCCCAAUUGAUUGUCCAAAAAUUCUUUUCAGGUGUUCCUAUACUUCAUGUAAUCCCCGUACCAUUCCCUGAAUGCUGGCACAAGUUAUGUGAUGAUGGUAAAAACUUAGAUCAAGAAACUAUCCAUGAUCUGCUCACAAUAUUUCACAUUUUCUUUAAAGAAGUUCUGAGAGCCUAGGACUAGGUGUAGAAUAUUGGAAAUAUCAUGCCUUUCCAUUUUGACACAGUGUACCAUAAUAUUUCCAUUUUAUUGUUAGUUCUACCCUUAGCUAGUGUAUACAGUAAUAUUACAAUUGAAAGUCAAGCUUAUGUUUAAUUUGAAACCUCGAACACAGGACACUUUUACUUAUUUUAAACACUUACAAAAAUUUUAAAUAUGUAUAAUAUAUUCAAUAUGUGUUAAAUUAUAUCCGAGCACAUUAAAGUAUUAAACGUAUGCAGAUGGCAAUAUUUAUUGUUUAAUUUUGUUUUCAGAGGCUAAAAUUGCA